UAAUUAGCUUUUUGUUUUUGGCGCUAUUGUCACAUCCCAUUGUUAGUCCAAUCACGGUAGCUAACCUAGCUAGCAAGAACUAACUAACCAAUGGCUAUACGAUAGAUCAUAGUUCAUUGGUGCUUACGUCACCGGUCUGAAUUUAGGACUCAUAUGGCGUACCGCGUUGUGCGCAUGUGCGGGGACCGUCAAUCUGUGUUCACUCGCUCUCAGUCGGACGUUUGUAACGAUCCCAUUCAUUCCCAAUUCCGCUGUCAGAAAAAAAAAACAAAUGCACGGACAUAUUUGUUAUUAAUUUCGAUUGCGAGCUAUUACCAGUUCAUUUGUUUUACGGGCGUGUUUUACUAUAAAAGAUGGGAGGCUUUAAAAAGAAAUUUCGAUAUUGUGUGAUAAAAUUGAAAAAGACUAGAGAGUCUGGAUUGGAUCCUUAUGUCUGUGUGCCAUACUCUUGGCUGAAGCUGCAUAAAAGGGCAUUGGUUGUUAAAUAUCCGAAGGAAAUAACAUCAAUGACGAGCUAUAUGGUGAAGCACUGCGAAGUAAGUCAGCCGGAUUGGCUGACUAUUGGGGCUGAGAUCAAAUAUAAGACGGAUUCCUACGUAGACGCACAAAUGUGUCUGAGUAAGCUUUUACAAGGGCAUCGAGAGAAAUACGGUCAACAAGAUAAUACGCCAACAACACAAGCUAAAGCAAGUAAAGCUUUUGAGAUCCCUAAAGAACUUGAAAGAUUCAAUGUCAAAAUAUUCGGCACUGAAGAUAAUCAGAAAAAGGAAAUCCAAAGAAGUACCAAUACUGAAGCUGGUGUCAGCAAGGAGUUUAAGGGAUUUGCUCCUAAACCACUACUGACUAACCAAUUUCCACCGAAACCCAUUGACCAAAAACAAAACCCAGUAAUUGACAAAAAAGUAAAUGCAAAUAAACAUGCUCCAAAACUAAUAAUAAAGAAAAAGAAACCCAUUACCAAUAAACUAAGUAGAAGUAAACUAAUGAGCGAACCAGAGGAUUCAGAUUCGAAUAAUGAAGCAGAAGACGCAGGAGACGCAGAAAACGCAGAAGAAGCAGAAGAAUGUGGACCAUAUGAUGCUAAAACAACGACUAUUGUAAAUCUGUGGAAGACCAUUCAAGAUCAAAUUGCUUUUAUUGAACAAUUAGAAGAUUCCGACAAGAAGUUUAACGGAGUAGAAGAUAAAAUGACAACUGCUAUGAAAGCUGUCGAUACUCUUAAGGAUUUGAUUGACCAAUUGGAAGCUCUAGAAGACGAUGACGACGAUGACGAUGACGACGAAGAUGAGGAUGGAGAACAAGAAGCUACUAAGGUUGAAAGUGAAACGAGAGAGUUGAAAGGGAAAAUAAUUAAAGAAGAAGAGGAAGAAAUAGAAGAACAAAAAGAAGAAGAAACAGAAGUAACAGAAGGAGAAGAUAAAGAAGAAGAAACCGAAAAAGAAGAGUUGCAAGAUGGAAACCCACGGACUGUUAACCUCCCACCUGAAUACGACAGAAAUGACUCCAGAUGGACUUUGAAAUACAAGAAUUAUGCACCCGAAUUGACGGAACUAGUGGAAAAUUCCCGUGUAUACGUCAAUUCUAAGAAUCUUGCCGCGGUUGUAAAUAAAUCUCAGAAUCCAAAACAACUGGCGCGUAACUUGUUGGAGGAAGUAUUCUCUAAGAAUGCUAUGUAUGUUUGUAAGUUACCCCAACCAACCAUUGUGGUAUCAGAUACGCCCGAACUCGAUAGUGGCGCUAUUAAUGCUAUACUGGAUUUCGUUCAAAAGCACACAACUCGAGUGAAUUGGCAGCAUGUGAAACGUAAAAUAGUUAAACUCAGUUUACGUGGCAAACUCUCUUAUGCUCAUAAGAAAUUCAAACAGGUUGGUCGAUUUACUUAGGUGAUUGUAAAUCGGGCAUUGUUGAUGUUAUAAAAUUCUGUUGUUUUAUUUAUUUCGUUAUUUUUAAUUAUUAUGUUAUAGGCUUACUCAAGUAAAUAUUUGACGAGGAACUCGACUAGUUUUAAGCUAUGCUAGAGUCUCAUCAAACAGUUACGCGAGUAAGCCGAUAACAUAAUAAUUAAUUUAGUAUGUCUUAAAAUUAGUUAUUUUUAUUCCAUGUGCCAUUUGAUCUCAUUUAGAUCUCGAUGUUGUUCUUAGUUUGUAUGUUUGAACGCACUAACCUCUUGAAUGCCAGUAUAAUAUGCUACACAAUAGAAAAAAAUAUGUCUCGCGUAGAUCUCCACUACCACAGGUUAAAACACUUCAAGAUAUAUGACAAUUUUACUUUAAAAUGAUACGUAAUUAGGUGUGAUAGAAUCCUUCUCCGUUCGAGAAGAGGCCUUUUCUCAACGGUGAGUUUAAUACAGGCUGCAGCUGAUCCUAGAUUUACUCAUAAUCAAUAUCAAUCUUUUAAAAUAUUUGUUAGACGCCCCAAUAUAAAAAUAGGGGUAGUUAUAGGUAUAAUGUCUAAUACCGACGUGAAUCCGUAUUCCUUAGGUAGGUAUGUUCGCGUAUUAAAUAAUCUAUAGGAGGUGUUAUUUUUUUAAUGUUUACAAUGUGUAUCUAUCUGUAUUUUAGACUGUACUAUCUAUUAUAAUGUAUUCUAUUAAUCAAGUAGUAGAUGGAUCAACUAAUUUUGAUCUUGGUCUGAAGAUCGUCAGUUUCUUUCUAGGAUCUAGAUGGUUGUGUCUGUUUCUUGGUAAAGACGCAGUGAAUAGCAUAUCUAGGUAGACUACGAUGAGCAUUUAAACCAAUUUUAAAAUUAAGUAGUAUUGAAUGAUAUUUACUAGGUCGAUUUUUUUAAGUACCUAGCUAGUGCCGGAAUACUUAAUAGAUUAAUAGUAAUGUGCAUUUAUAUUUUUAUUUAAUUAUACCUACGUAUCACACAGUAUCUUAUAAUAUUCAUUAAAAUUAAUUAAAUUAUGCGAUAUACUUACAUAAACUCAUUAUUGUGAACUCCGAUGUGGCUUGAAAUUAGUCGAGCAUUAUUCUGUGGUCGAACGUCUUUGUAUGUAUGAAAUAGUUGAAAUACUCAUGUAUACUGAAAUUGUAAAUCAAUUACUUAAUGGUAUUGGUUAUAUGUAUAACGGUUAUAUAUCCUUACAUACUACAUAUAUACCAUAAUUUUAGCCGUAGACCAGUACAUUUAUGUAUAAAAUGUGACAACAUAAUAAACAUUUCAUUGACUUAUA